GAAAAAUCACGACUUUUAUCGUCUCCUCCUCCAUUACUCGCACAGUUUGGUUGCAAAAAUGAAGGCGCUGAUGAGCAGCUCGAUCCUCCGCCCGUGGCAGUGGCAACCACCGCAUCAGAAACCUCCAACUCCACUAGUUUGCUGCUCCGCCGUCAAUGCCUCCUCCUCCUCCUCCUCCUCCUCCUCAGAAAUGAAGUUUAAGGGCGAUGGAAAUGCGGAGUCCGUCUCUCGGGCCGAAGACAUUUGGAAACUCUUCAGAGAAGCUCAGAAGAAUAUUCUGCAGUUAAACCAGCAACGAGUUAAGGCGGUAGAAGAACUCAACAAAAUCACCAGAGAGAAAGAGCUGUUGGUGGAUAGGAUUGAGCAACUGGAGCUGGAAAAGCAGGCUGCCAUUGCAAGACCUCAAGAUAGGGUAAGCUGUUGGGAGCUACUCUUUCGGAUAGAUUCAAUGGUCCUCAAUGGAAUGGUUACCACCGUGGAGGCAUCCGAUUUGAGAAGGCUGGUUAUGGAUAACAAAUUUAGUUUACCUGAAGUAUUUAAUGACACCCUGCAGAAAGGAGACACUGAGAUUCUAGCUGAACUCCGUCACUUCUCCAAGAGCAUCAAAAGGAAUUGCUUUCACAUUGUCCAUGUAUGCACGGAAAUGGCACCCCUGGUCUCUUUCGGAUCCUUGGCUUCAUAUGUGACAGGCUUGUCUUGUGCACUACAAAGGAAGGGGAAUUUGGUGGAGGUGAUACUUCCAAAGUUUUCAAGCUUGGACUUAAACAAAGUUCAAGGCCUAAAAGAAAUUGAGGCAGAAUGUUAUUCGUAUUACAAUGGUCAGUUGCAUGGGAACAAAAUCUGGACCGGCAUUGUCUAUGGCAUUGGAGUUACUUUAAUUCAACCAGUAUACUACUCAUCCUUUUUCAAUCGUGAGAGGCUAUAUGGCUACUCAGAUGACUUUGAAAGGUUUACCUAUUUCUCCCGUGCUUCAUUGGAUUAUAUUGUAAAAUCUGGAAAGCGUCCUGAUGUGAUACAUAUCCACAACUGGGAGACUGCUAUUGUUGGGCCACUUUUCUGGGAUAUUACUGUUAAACAGGGACUUGAAGGUACAAGAAUUCUUUUGACAUGCCAUGACCUCAACUCACAGUGUCUUGAGCAUCCAGAGAAACUAGAGUUAUGCGGACUCGAUCCUGCUAGACUUCACCGUCCUGAUCGUUUGCAAGAUAAUACCAAGGCACAUCUUGUUAAUAUCUUGAAGGGUGGAGUUGUUUACUCCAAUAAAGUUGUCAUUAUGUCAUCCAUACUUUCAAAAGGCAGGGUUAUUCAGAGUCUGAGUCAUGGGUUGGAUCCUACCUUGAACAUUCACAAAAACAAAGUGAUUAUUGCCCCUUGUGGAUUUGACAACUCCACCUGGGAUCCGUCCACGGACAACUUUCUUCCUGUACAGUAUAAUGCGAAGGAUAUGAAAGGGAAAACAGUCUGCAAAGCUGCAUUGCAGCAGCACCUUGGGUUAUCCGAGCAUGCUUCUACUUUUCUUGUUGGAUGCGUCUUCUCUAAAGUAUCAGAUGUUGAUCUGGAGAAGCUGAGGGAAAUAUUUUCGAAAACUAGCAGGAUUGAUGUACAGUUCAUCGUCAUGGGGAUUGGCAAAAUAUCAAGUGUAAACAAGUUGGGAUCAUUGCAUGAACCCUUGAAGGAGGCAAAUGUGCAAUUCAUAGAUGGGAAUGAUGAAGCGUUAUCACAUUUGGUUUUCGCGGGAUCUGAUAUUAUCUUAUGCCAAUCUUUUCAUGACCCAGACCUUCAAGUUCCACUAAAAGCUUUAAAAUACGGAGCUGCUCCAAUUACAGUAAACUCCAACGACGAGGGGUUUGGGAACUUUGUCGAGCAUAACUACGAGACAACUAAUUUCUCACGUUUCAUCAGCUCUACGUUUGGAAAUAUGACUCUAAGCCAAGCCCUGGAUGAAAUUAAAAACAACCCGUCGAAGUGGAAGAGAAAGAUAACGGAUGCCAUGGAAAUGGACUUCUCGUGGGAUGCUGAGUGCUGCGACAUCCAUACUUCUGCGUAUACAGCCUUGAAAAAUUUGUGAACGUGUACAUAAACGCGUGUGUUAGAGCUUGAUUAUUCCUCUAUGCAGGUUUUCCGUUGCCGAGAGCUGGGUUCUAGAGAUGUACAGUUUCGAAACCGAGUAGUUAUGAGCGGGUGAAUAAGAAAGUUGGGUUUCUGUAUCUGUUUAAUGUGUGUAAAAUGGUGUCAAGUUGUUACAGUUUAAUUAGUUAGUGGAAACAGAUUUACGCAA